AGUCUUGAGUAACAGUGCCCAGGGCAGAAACGCUCGAGACACAAAAGCUAUUAAGACCACGCACUUCAAUUAGUACGAAUCGCACCCACGCGAACACGUACGAACACUUUUUAAGUAUUUCAAGCGCCAAUAUUUCUGACAACUCGCAAGCACGCUGUAAAAACCAUUUCUAAGUACUUCACAUUCAGUAUCUUCACACCAAACAUGUCCACGACCCGCCGGCGCGCUUUUUUUUUUCACGGGGGCGGCGCUGGUCACCGUUGGCGGCGCUAAUGCGGGGGGUUCUGGCGGGCAGCACGAUGGCGAGGUUGCUGGUGUCGAGGAGAGUUCAGAGGAUACGCUGUCCUCUUCGGAACCUGUGGCUGAGCAGGAAUUUUUGCAUGGGGUGGCAGAAACUGGUGAAGCGGGGGCGAGCGAGGUUAAUGAUGAACAACCCGCAGUGGCAAUGAUGGAGUCGGACAAGCAGGCGAAGGGCACGGCGCUCUUUGUGCACCCUCCCCCAAAUGCAGCGCUGCAGCCAGUUUCGGGGGCGGUGUGGAACAUGGGAGGUGGAGGAGGAGGUUCUCCCACUGUAUCAGAUAAAAUGCGUAGACCAUGUUCCCCUACCCGAGCUAAGUUCUUUAUUUAUGUCUCGAGGGGCUUCCUUUUGGUGUCUGUUGAACAAGAAGCGAGGUGUACAAAUCAAGUGGAUGUGGCAAUGCUGUAAAAGUCAUUUGAUCACAUCGUGCGCGACUGUGCUGCCGAUGUCUAUUUGAAAACAAAUCUGAAUUUAUCAUUGAGGUCUCAUUUUCAUACUCUGCUGUAGAUGAGCCAUAUUCUGGGCGGUAAGUACUAGCCUGCACUCCUGCAAAAACUUUUGAAUUCAUACAGCGCUGGAUGGUGGGUACUCUCGUUUGUUGUGGGCCAUCAACAGCUGGCCGAAACGGAAUUUAUCAGUUUCUUGUAUCGCGAAUCAAAUUGAAAAAAUUGAAGUAGGAGUAGUGCCUGAUCGCAAUCUUCAACUACACUGGUCGCAUGCGCUUGAGUAUCUCGGAUCGGGUUCGGGGAGCAAAAAAACUUUCCCAGGGUAUCAAUGCAAACGAGCGCGCGACCGCGACCCCAAGUCCAAGCCACGACCUCUCAACAAGACAUCGGGAAGCUAUGUAGUGCAAAUAAGUAUGUCGUCUGGGGCUUGGCCUGGGCCUGGAAAAACGAUAAACUUGCAGAACGCCCUUGAGUCCUCUUUUUUUAUGGGCGAUUUGAGUUUUCGUUUUUCCGAGCACCCUUGUACUCAAAUCACUACUAAAUUAAUGAGAGAAUUACGAUAAUUAAAGGGUCCCGCAAACCCAAACGCCAAGGCUUAGCAUACAAGUUUCGUGUUUGAUAUGCGGAAUUGUACGGCGCGCUGCCGCCCGCCGAACGCGCUGCCGUCAGAUCCGCGAUUCACUGGCCCUAUCCAGAUAAGGAAAAGGAACAGUUGCUGAAUGAAGAAAUGGCAAGACGGGAGCGGGAAAACAACGGGUUUGAAUUCCCCGAAGGAGAGAUGCUAUCAUGUGCAGAAAAUAAAUUAUCGUGUACUUCGUACUAGAAAACAAGCGCAAAACUAGGUUUCCAACCAAAACGAGUAGUAGUUUUUCUAUAUACAUUGUCUCUUCACGACUCGUCACCACCAGCUACUAGGACAGGUGUGACCUUAGUGCCAUGUCGUCUAUGUACACGAUCUUUACUUAGUGCCCAUGUAUAGAUGCAAGACCAGGAGAAAACGGAGCUGCAGGCCGACGUCGAAAGAGCCGUGGAGCUGUGGAACAAGGAGGUGGCGAUCGAUCGCGAUGGAAAAAAGUCUCGGGGGAGUGUGGAAGAGCGAGUGGAGCUUCAACGUCAACUGGCCUUCCUUCGGGUCGGGGACGAUGACGAACAGAACAAGCGGGAAUUCGAUCAAUUAGUUUCCAGUUACGUGGCGGAAAAGAUGCCAAAAAUGGAAGUCAACCUGGUAUGAGUUCUACUCAAUCCUAUAAAAUAUUUAUAUAUAUUUGAGUUAUUUUCCAGCGGCAUACGACUAAGUUAGGGUUACAGCAAAGCACGACCACUGUUUCAUAAUUUUCAAAGAUUCAUACUUACAUCAUGGCACAGAAUGAACCAGCAACGUGUUGUAGAAUUAUGAGCAAACCGCUGUGGUCACUGCAUGGCUGUUGGCAAGGUGUCAGUGCCGGAAUCGACUUUUGGACGGUAUUUGUAUAUAGUCUUGCUCAGCUCUCUUCUUUACAUGCAGAUGCAGCACAAGGCUUUAUUUUCAGGAACUUGGACCUGCCCAGCAGGACGCUCGGUGGUUUGAGAGCAUCAGGUAUAAGUUCAGUGUAAGGAAUACGAAACAGUUGCUCGAGAACUCUAGCACCAACGAGGAUGAAGCUAGUGAGUGCGACGACCCGGCCACGCUUAAGAUUACUACUCCUCCUGCUGCACAGAGAUCGUUUGCUUCCCUCCAGACCGCCUUCCGUCAUUUGCGUUAUCGGGUCCAGAAGAGCGCAGAAGCUGAGUUUGCAGCCCUCAUUCCCCCACCGCCCGUCAAGACCAAGGAGAAGACGUCGAGCACUAAGCCCGUGCACCGCCUCGACCCCGACGCCGCACCAGAGAGGUCGAAGAAGCUCAUCCCGUCGCAGGCCCCUGCUACUGACAACGACAGCGAUCGGGUGCUUGACGUCGGUGAGUUGUUACAGAAACAGUUCUUAGAGCCAGAUGGCGACGCGUUUCUCCGCCCGCCGACCGGCAUAACGUGGAACACGAAGAUACCUGGAGCCGCAGAUCGACGAUGGGGUGGAGUGCUACAAGUCAAGGUUACGAAUGCGAGAUUGCCAGACGGCUCGAAGCACACCGUGUCGCGCACCAUCGACCCUGCCGCCUAUGGCGAUAGUGCUACGCUGGCCCUCGAAGCAGCGAUAGCCCUCAAGACGCAGAUCCUAGUUGACCCGGCCCCGUUUAUCGCAGCUACGAAAUCACGACGGAAACCGAGAAAGAAGAAAGAAGGCGUAGUGAAUGUGGUCUGAAAGCGAUGUAGUCUAGAUUAGCUCCGGUCGUACUGUAUACAAAAAACACAAAAAAAAAAAAACUCUCUUCUAUAUAAAAGCCAAGCGCGUUCCAGCUUGUCUUUCUUUUUUUUACUUUUUCCGUUUCCAUCUCGACCGACACGUUAUAACGUCGGUCUCGAAGGACGGCACUGUGCAGUGAGCCAGUCCGAGCGACCGACCGUGCUCUCUUUGCAGUAUUUACGUGCUUCAAGCUUUUGAGAGAGUUCUAUUUGCUGUCCUAGUUCCGCCGAGCUAAAUCGGAAGUUCCGACGUUUUUGUAUGGGCGGCGAUGUAAAAGACGCGUACUCAGGUCGGCGGGUUUGCGACUCUAUUUUUCGACGACAGAACUUUUACUCAAAAACAGCACACCAAACGCCGAUGCUGUGCUUCGUUUUUCUGUAUCUUUGUUAGUCCAAACAGCGCGCCUUGUCCCCAUGCUAUGGCGGACAUUCCGUGCGAAUGAUGGUUAAGAUUUUAAGGAAAAUAUCUGCAAAAGUCUGGAACUUUACUACUAAACUAAGCUCCAAGUUUUAAUCCAGUACAGCGAUUCCCAAGUUUUAUAGUAAAAAAAGUUUUCUAGUUUUUUCGAAAUACACAACGAUCUCCAACCUCUUUUAGUUUUACCAAGGGUCCCCAAGUCUCUCAGUUCUGUUGUCUGCUGAAAAAUGGUUCUAUCCGACGCGAAACGCAAACACACUAUUUUACGACCGAGGUUGGAGUUGCGAGUGCGUGGCUUCAGUUUCGAGUCUACCUUUCUGGGCAGAUAGGCGUCCACACUGCCUCCUCCUAGUCGUGUGCCAGGUCGUGAAAAGAUGUAAACCCACGCCUGUCUAUCGAGGGUUGAGGUAAGAGGCUCCGCCAAUCACCACCUAAUUCCUGUCCUUCCUGGUAACACCUCAAAGUCAAAAAAAAAACAGUUCAUCCAUGAGGUUUGAAUAGGAAAGUAGCUUGAGAAAGACUUACAACGCAAUGCCAACUUGCACCACAGGUUCUUGAAGAAGGACAGGACCCAAUUCUGGUACAUCUGCCGGACGUGGAAACCCUUGACGGAAAGAAAGGCGCAUACACUUCUAACCACGUGCAGAACCAUUGGCGGAACGACAAUGGGGACGGCGGAAACUUUUUGCGCCCACUAUCACCAAACGAGAAGAAGCAGAUGGUCUCAAAUCGAAUCUUUACGAAUGGCGCUCUGACAGUGACUGCCAAGAUGGACGGAUCGUCAGACACACCGUCACUGCUCACGGGCGAGGCCCCGCAUCCAGACUGGCUCGGUGGCAAUUUCUUGUAUUUUUACGAGAGCAGAAGCAUUCUUGGCGACGACGAACCGCAGGAAGAAGAGGACAAGAAGACGCUACAAAUUCGAGACUUCACUACGUCUCACGCCGGCACCACAAGAGCUGAUCGUCCUACCGGCAUGGCAGUUGCUGAAAUCAUAUCAAGCGCAAAUGUGUUGCAGUUGCAUGAUGAUUGAUGUCUGUGAUGUAGUGGCCGAAUCAGACCCAUCCAACUUUUUUUUUGUUUGAGUGGACUAUGCACCAAUGUGUCGAAGAUACAGGAACGAAAUUUUUCAGAUCCGUGGCACUUUGUGUGUGCAGGAAAAUGAAUCUGUUGUGUCGCUCGUAGAGUCGUGAAGGUUUGUACUAAAAGCAUGAGACUCAUUCUUCCCUCCAACGCGUACUCAAUGCUGCUGAAAUGUUCAUGAGUGCGACAUUUUUGCAGGUCAUAUGUGGACCACAGCAUCGUCAUGGACCUCAUGAAGUCUGGGGUUGCGUGUCGCGUGGCGGUGUCCCAUUGUCGGCGACGAAAGGACAUUCCGAUGUUCAGGAUCAAAGCCGUGGCGAAGCCAUGGCUUUCGCGUCCUGCUGCUACCACUGGCCCUCAAGGAGGUCGCGGGGGCGCGACUGUAGUUGUGGGCACCGGGUACAUCGCUGCCAUCGACAGUCAGAUCCCUGAGGGGCCUGGCGCCGAAAGGUUUGGCGGACACCACAACGGUCGCAAGCGAAAGCGCCAGAUUUCUUUCCAUCUCUUGUGGGACACGGAGCCGCCACCUGUAUCGUGAGGAAAACUUCCGUCGACUCUGACCCUGGGUCAAAGAGCGAAGCUCCUCGAGCAAAUAGUAUGUUGGGUGUGCAGCAUGAUUCAUAGUAUUAUGCUUUUAAAAAAGAAAAAGAAAAACUCCAGUAUCACAUGCACAUAGCAUGGUCUUCGUAUUCAGGUGGUCAUGUCGACACAGUGACCCAUUUUUUCGCGUUUUUAGCGUUUUCGAGCAAGUAGCUUUUUUGCAGCCCUUGACCUCCAAAGACCUGUGCGAAUCACCAAUGCACUGAAAAUGAUCUGGUAAUCAAAGCUAGGUACCCGGGCUAGCUUCGUUUGUUACUGUUUGGCCUUGUGGCAAGGGUCUUUUUCUGAGGAUGCAGCACCGUGACAGUAACGCCUCCGAAUUCUCAUGCACCUGCACUUCCACCUAAAAGGCAGCCCCCGGCGGCGCAGUUACCCAAUCCGAAACGUCUUCAAGUUCCUUCGCGACAAGAACUCCGUCGUCCAGACUUGGCCAACUCCUUCCUCCAAGACGCUUUCGCCCCUGCCGCGGACACUCUUGCCGGUGGUCCAUCUUCCUCCCUGCCCGCAGCUGCUCGUCCGGAGGAUGAACAAGACCGGGCGAUGAACACCGAACUGGCCGAACAAGAAGGCUUCCUUCCGGUCGAACCUGCGAAGUUCCUUGAUGAAGAUUACCCAGGCGUGGUGCCCGCCGAACAGGAAGAAGAACUACGGGACGAGGAUGAAAAAAUCCUCGAUCCUCCGACUUCCUCCGCUUUCCUCCAAACGGACGGGACACCUUUUGGUCAACCAGAUGAGCCUCUUCGUCCCGACGGAAGCGGAUCUGGUCGUGGUGAUGACGCGACGACGAACAAUGGACCCGGACCUGAUGCUGACCCUGACGACCACGCGCCGACGAACCUGGGACUUGGCCAUGAUGAUCGCCGCGUGAAGAUGAACACCGGACCUGAAGAAGAACCUUCUGCACGGACUCGUUUUGGCUCCCUUGCCAGGGGACCAACGCCAGCCGACGCGGUGAUGAUGGCCUGAGGUACAUGCAGUGACGGCGGGAAGAACAGCAGGACAAAACGAACUGGUUCUUUUUGAUACUGUUUCGCUGCGGGUGGUAGUGGUUUGUGUCUUUCUGUCUCCGCUGCUUGUUGUUGUUCUUACACGUGAAGCGAAGUGUCGUCUCAACGUGUAGGUUGUGAAAAAUUUUGUUUUUUGCCGAUGUUUUUCCAGUACAGAGAAACAGAGGAGUUCUGCAAAAGAGUUUUAUCCCAGUUUACAUGCAUUUCACCACAUUAUUGAUUUUGAUUCAAGUAGUAGUACGUUUAAACAGCUACUCGCCCGCCUAAAAGAAGCGAGCACCCGAUUGAUUUUGAUUCACUUUUUCACUCUCUUACAAAAGAUAAAUGUUUGUAGUACUACAAUUCUGUUCAUUUUUUCCCCACGAUUGAUGAAGUCGACUUUGUAGAAGUUGAAGCCAAAGUCUUUUAUCUUGUUCGACCUUAUCUAUCAGUACGUAAGGAAUUAUGCCGUUCAGUAUAUCACUUACGCAAUCUCGCAACUCGUUUUUUCUAUCUGGCCGAAAAGAACUCUCUACUUGAAUUGCGCACCAACAAGUAUAAGUAAAGUAAAAGUGCGGCUCUUUGAGGUGCGUACAAUGCAAAGAAAAAGAGAAACACUCAACAUGAUAUAAUUUUGCUUCAAGAAUAAACGAACCAAAAAAUAACGCGAACUCAAUGAUGCACUUGCCGUAUAGGUGGAGAAAAGAUCACUCGGUCUUCUCUACUGGUUUGACCUCGCAAACAAAGCUUGAAUGCAGAAUCGGCUGACUUACAACAAGAACA